AUGGCUCGUAAAGCUGCGCAAAAAGCCUCUCAGGCUCCCCCUCUCGAUGGCUGUUCCAUCGCUACAUCUGGCAGAUUCCCCGGGACCACCCAGGCCGCACUGCAGGCACGCGUCACGUCGCUUGGAGCUACUGUCGCAUCGAGCGUCACAGCGGACACCAAUUUCCUAAUUGCUACCGAAAAAGACUUUGAAAGUAAAUCCUCCAAAGUCAAGGCCGCCGCUACUCACAAUGUCCCGGUCGUUACCAUUGCAUGGCUUGAAGAUUGCGAAUCGACAGGCACAAAAGCAGAUGAGACACAGCAUCUGCUAUCAUCUUCUGCAACUCCCGCUGCAGCUCCUGCUCAAAAGCAGAGUAAAGGCUCAAAGAAGCGCGCUGCUUCGCCAGACGCUUCACCGGCACCGACCCAGGAUAAGAAGCCAAAGAUUGCCGAAAAUGCAAAGGUAGGUGACGGCCAGAAUGCCAAAUCUAAGAAGAUCACAAUCGCCAUCGACGAGUAUUGCCCACUUGGCAGCUACCAGGUCUACAUUGAUGGCGAUGGUACCAUCUGGGACGCUUCGUUGAACCAAACGAAUGCAUCAGCAAACAACAACAAAUUCUACAAAGUACAGCUGCUCUCUAAUGCCUCCGGUUCUGACUUUAAGACUUGGACCCGAUGGGGCAGAGUAGGCGAGCGAGGCCAGAUGGCUAUGCUUGGUGGCGGUUCGCUCUCGGACGCAAUCAAGAAUUUCGAGAAGAAAUUCAAGGACAAGUCCGGCCUCAAGUGGGAUGACCGAGGUGAGGAUCCCAAGGCUGGCAAAUAUGCCUAUGUCGAGCGAUCGUACAACCCAGACUCGGACGAGGAAGAUGACAAUGCUGGAGACGAUGCAGUCGGGGGAGUCAAGGAAGAACCGAAGCUUGAAGUUGCUGAGUGCACUCUCGAUCGUCCCACGCAAGAUCUCAUGCAGCUCAUAUUCAAUCAGCAGUACUUUGAUGCUACCAUGACCGCGCUUAACUAUGACGCGAAUAAACUCCCGCUUGGAAAGCUCAGUAAGGCGACUAUCGCCCGUGGUUUCCAGGCAUUGAAAGAUAUGUCAACACUGCUCGACAACACAGAUGCAAACUCCAGAGCUGAAGUGGAGCGACUUUCGAAUCUUUACUAUUCCGUUAUCCCUCAUGCCUUCGGUCGCAACCGCCCGCCAAUCAUUCGAGACAAUGACGCCCUGAAGAAGGAAAUCGAGUUACUCGAAAGCUUGUCGGACAUGAAGGAGGCUGCCGCAAUGCUUAAGAACAACCUCAAGGACGACAGCGGCAUUCAUCGUCUCGAUAAACAGUUCCAAGGUCUCGGCAUGAACGAGAUGACAGCCCUUGACCAUAGCAGCCCAGAGUUCACCGAGAUUGACGCGUAUCUGAACGAUUCGAAGGGCGCAACACAUUACAUUAACUAUGCUGUCCAAGACAUCUUCCGCAUUGAACGACAGGGUGAGUUCGACCGAUUCGAGAAGAGCCCAUAUGCACAGAUCGAAAGCAAUCGCCGUCUGCUCUGGCACGGUUCUCGUGUGACCAAUUACGGUGGCAUUUUGGGUCAAGGUCUCCGUAUCGCACCGCCUGAAGCCCCAGUCUCUGGAUAUAUGUUUGGCAAGGGUAUUUACCUCGCCGACAUGUCCUCCAAAUCUGCCAAUUACUGUUGCGCCUACAAUUCAGGAGGUACAGCGUUGCUUCUUCUCUGCGAGGCAGAAUUGGGCAACCCUAUGCAUGAGCUCACGGAUUCCUCGUACAGUGCUGGCGAAGAUGCUAAGGCCAAGGGCAUGUACAGCACGUUGGGCUUGGGCCAGACAGGUCCGAGCAAGUGGAAAGAUGCGAGUUGCGUGCACCCAGCGCUGGAGGGCUGCAUGAUGCCUGAUGUCUCAACUCCACCUGGACCUACCAACGUGCCAGACGCAUAUUUGAUGUACAACGAGUACAUCACCUACGAUGUCGCUCAGGUCCGUCUUCGAUAUCUUCUUCGCGUCCGUAUGUAG